AUGACACGCUCUAGUGCAUGCAGUAUCUGUAUAAUGUCUAAAUUUGAAGAAAUUGUCAGAGAAAUCGUAUUCGACUCGCCUCCAGAGGAGAUACCUUUGGUUUAUAACAACUUGCAAGUCCUAAGCAAUGGAGACAGCAAACAAGAGAUCAUCUCCAUCAUUCAAGAGUUCAAUGAAAAAGUCAGAGUGCCAGUAAAGUACGAUGGUGAAAACUACGUGCUUAGUGAAUACAAUAAAUCUGGAAGUAAGUAUUUUGAUCCAGUAAAGAAGGUUUUAUUCUCAGUAGACCCAGUUUCUCGCGAGGUAAGCGACGUCGAAGAGUUACAAGAGCAGGAAUUGGUGGCUACAGACGUUCAAGAUAGCUUAUAUGGUGAUUUAUCAAAGUACGUCUCGAAGGCCUUCCCUGAAACUGCGGCUUACGGCGUUUUCAAGACGAAGAAGAGCGAGAACGAGUAUGCGAUCGUUAUUGUGAGCAAUAAGAAGAGCCUUGGCGACUUCUGGACCGGCAAUUGGGUUUCUGAAUACAUCUAUAACGCGGUCAGUGACAGUAUCAGUGGGAAGGUCUCUGUUGACGCUCACUAUUUCGAAGAUGGAAACGUCCGUUUCAAAUCCUCGGCUCCUCUAGAAGAAGAGACAUCUACUUCUCCAGUGGUAAGCAUCAAGAGAUUCGAAAAUAACUUUGAAAAGAACCUCAUCGAGAAGUUCCAGUACAUGAAUGAAACACAAUUCAAGGGCUUGAGAAGAAGACUACCUGUGACAAGAGCUAAGAUCAAUUGGGGACAAGGUAUCGGUAACUACAGAUUAGGUAGAGACGCAGCUCAAGGAACAAACUAA